ACUGUCGUCGUGUUUAGUUGUUCGCGGAUUUUCCUUGCGCUGUUUGAAAUCGUUAGAUUUUUCUUUAUUAUUUUUUGUUCCUCGCCAACCACCCCGCCACCGCCAUCGUUGCCGUAGAAAAACGACCCUGUACGGUGUCUUUUUCUUGUGCUGGAAUCUGAAUUUGGUUCGAGUUUGAUAUCGGUUUCCGGUAGUCCACCAAGCCUCCGGUGAUUCGUGCGUCGGAAAUUUAAAUCGAAGCAAAAAAGCGCCGCGGAGGAGUGUUCGUCCGGAAUGGUCUGGAAGUGUACGGCAAAAGUGCACUAACCGUUGAAAAUCGCCACCAGAAUCGAGUAGUGAAAGAAGCUGCUGUGCUGGUGCAGUCUGUUGCGUCGUUCCGUUCUAUUCGCGCGGUGGUCUGCCUGACUGACAUCAGCAGGCUGGAGAGAGAGGAAUAAAAAAACAAGAAGUUUUGUGUGCUCUUUUGUGCGUGUUGGUUCGCGAAGGGGGCGCAGAAAAAAAAAAAAAAACGCGAAAACGAGUCGCCGGAUCGGGAAGAAGAAGAUUUCACAGCAGCAACAACAACAACAACCGCGCGAUCUGCGACCGAAAGAAGUGCUGAUAGCAAACGUCGCCCUGCCGCGCCGUCGUCGUCGUCUGGAAUAAAGAAGUGAUUCAUAAUCCGGAAUAUUUUUUCCGUACUCGAAACCGGAGUGGUGGAAAAUUAAAGCCUCUAGCUUAGCUAAAGAAAAGUGCCUACCUUUUAAUUGUUGGUUAGUAGUGUGCCGGUGAUUGUGAUCUAGAUCUUUAAUUUUUUUGUGGGAGUAAGCCAAACCAAACCAAGGAAUAAUGUCCGACGAAAACCAGGAAAAUGGAACCCGCAACGGCGAUGUACCAGAAAUCGAGCUGAUUAUCAAGGCUUCGACGAUAGAUGGCAGACGGAAGGGGGCAUGUCUUUUUUGUCAGGAAUACUUCAUGGACCUGUAUCUGCUGGCAGAGCUGAAAACCAUUAGUUUGAAGGUCACAACAGUGGACAUGCAAAAACCGCCGCCCGACUUCCGGACCAACUUCGAAGCGACCCACCCGCCGAUCCUGAUCGACAACGGACUGGCCAUCCUGGAGAAUGACAAAAUCGAACGGCACAUCAUGAAGUCGGUCCCCGGUGGAUACAAUCUGUUUGUGCAGGACAAAGAAGUGGCCACCCUGAUCGAGAACCUGUACUCCAAGCUGAAGCUGAUGCUGGUCAAGAAGGACGAAAACAAGAACAAUGCCCUGCUGGCGCACCUGCGGAAAAUCAACGACCAUCUGGCGGCGAGGGGCACCCGCUUCCUAACCGGAGACACCAUGUGCUGUUUCGACUGCGAACUGAUGCCCCGACUGCAGCACAUCCGCGUGGCCGGAAAGUAUUUCGUAGACUUUGAAAUACCAAAACAUCUAACGGCCCUGUGGCGGUAUAUGUACCACAUGUAUCAGCUGGAUGCCUUCACGCAGUCGUGUCCCGCCGAUCAGGACAUCAUCAACCACUACAAACUGCAGCAGGCAAAAGGUGACAUUAAGAUGCUGAAGAUGAAGAAGCACGAGGAACUGGAAACCCCAACCUUUACCACGUCGAUCCCGAUCGACUUAAAUGACCACUAGAUAGAUGAUGGAGACACGUAUGUAGCAGGAGGAAAAAGGAAUGAAAAUUCCAACCAGGGAAUUUGGCAACCAUUAAUAUAAAACAGAUGGUAGACCUACUAUAAACAUAUGUCCGAAAAGGAAAGAAUUUGCAAUACAUACAAACACACAUACAUACACACGCAUACAUACAGAUUUUGAUAACGAUUUACAUUAAACCAUCCAUUUUUUCUGAUAACAAACUUUACCGUCUAACUUAUGAAAAAACGUAAAUAAAUAAAACUGUCACAUGAAGCAAAAAUAAUCAACACGCGUUGACAGCAGUGCUGCCAACCGAACUCGCCUUUCGCGCCUUGUAUGUACUAGUAAUCAUUUAUUUGCAUAAAUGGUGAUCCUAUAUAAAUAUACAGAAAAAAAAGAAAAAGUCGCAUCCCCCUUUUUUAAGACAACAAUUACCUAUUGGUUGUAGAAUUUUGUUUUGCUUCGCAACGGCCAUCAUUAUUAAUUCGCAUCACGAUCCAAGGUUGCGCCACAGUUAACACAGUUGUUGGAUUCUGCAAUCCCGGGAUCGUCACGGAGCGGAACAUGGUAACACGGUGAAAAAUGAGUGAAUCAUAAAACCACUCUCGAUGGAAAACCGAGAAACAACAAAUGUAAAGUUUAAUUCUAAGGUAGAGCUUAACACUGUGAGUGGAAAGGAGGUGAGAGAAUUCGUUGUUAAUUGUAUCGUUUUUUGUAGUUUUCCUAUUUUAACAAGCAAGCCUUAUAAGUUGUAACGGAUGAUUUAUCGAGAGAAAAGACACAAGACGGCUUUAGCAAUGUGCGAUACGAAAACUGGAAGUAAAAAUUAAAGUUAAUCAUGAGUAAUAAGAAAAAAAAUACAAAAAGUUCAUCAAUGUUUUAUACUUGUUUUAAAUCGCUUUCGAUGUACGCGCGGUAGUAGAUGUUAGCAGUAGUAGAAGUAGCGGCAAAGUAGUGUAAAAACUUUUAUCAAAGAAUGCCUUAUUAUGUUCUAAAAUUGUUCUAAAAAUUGGUACAAAAUCUAGCUUUGUUUCGCUUUGUCCCUGGCAACACUUCCCGUGUCUCAAAUUUCAAACUUCAAACUUCGAACAUUUGCCUAACUCACAGUUAUCAACGAAUCAGCACAGUGGCACGCACUGAAAGAAAUCAUAACAUUUCAAUUUUAAGAAUUUUAGUUUGCUAAGCAGAGUUCAAUCAAAAUAGAGAGAGACAACCUACGCAAUCGUGUUGUAAAUAACGAGAAAAAAAACAAGCAGUGAAUAUAGAACGCAAGCAAUUAUCGAUGUUGAUCAAACAUUUUUAAACGCUUCAGAGAAAGAUUGUUCAGCUAUCCUUAGCAAUUAAUUCGGAACAAUUUUUCCAGUUAAAUGCAAUUCGUUCACGCGCGCGAGUAUCGAAAAUUGGAGAAAGGAGCAGUAAGAACUUUUUUAUUUGUUGGGAAUUAUUUACUGCAAGCAACUUGUGUUAUAUUAUGCCAGAAUGGAGUAAAAGAAAGGUGAAACAAGCAGAAAGUAGAGGAAAAAUAGUAGUUGUAAUAAAGGUCUAAAUCUUUUUCGACAUUAAUGCGAAA